GGCGUCGUUGUCGUUGUUGUUGUUGAUAUUUUGCCUCUUCUUCACGCGUUGUCUACGGUUAUCGAUUGUCGCCGUCUCGCUUCCCCGUACGCAGCGAGUUGUUGUUUGUUUGUUGUUUGUGUCUGUCGCUCUCUCUCUCCCCGUCUCCCUGUCACACUCUCGCCGCCGUCGCGUUUUGUUUGUGUACUGAAAAGAGGCAGCAACAAAAUAAAAGCCAAAAGACUGCGAAUAAGCAUAAAUAAUAAACAACGAGACAAGUGCAAAAAGCGCAGCGAAAAGGCCAGCUGGUGAAUCCAACUCACAAGAACAUCCAGAGGAAACCGGAAAAUUUAUCACUCAAAUCACAAGUGCAAUAAAAAGUUGAAAGUGUUUUACACAGCGCCAAAGAAGGAAGUUGAAGCGAGGCGAAUAGUAAAUAAAUGAGAAGAAGAGCCCACAACAGCUACACCAUCAUAUAAACAACAAUCCAAACAUCCCACAUUCAAACACCAAUUACAAAGUAAACAUUUACAACUCAUUUCUCGACCAGGAGAUUCGAGUGUGAUCCACACAAAAGUAGAAAAACAAAGAAGAAAAUACAAGAAAAAUCGCGCGCGCGUUUUUAAAAGCGUUAGAGUAACCAGAUCUCGAACUUCGCGCGGCUUCGUCGCACGUCACUUGAAUAUAUCUUUCGCGCAACCACUGGGCUAAGGCCUCAAAAAUCCGCCAAAAUUCUACACCAACAAACUUUAAUCAGCCCCGAGAUUUCGCUCCAGUUCGCAACGGCGACCACAAUGCCCUACAACGGCGCUAGUAAUGGCAGUGGCGCCAGUGGCGCCGGCGGAGGGGGGGCCACCAUAGUCGUCACCGAGGGGCCGCAGAACAAAAAGAUCCGCACCGGAGUCCAGCAGCCCGGGGAAAAUGAUGUGCACAUGCAUGCUAGGUCCACACAACAACAGAACCAGCAGCAAGCACUUAUGAACAAGUCAAAUGACGACCUACGGAGAAAGCGUCCAGAGACUACACGGCCAAAUCACAUUCUACUCUUCACCAUCAUAAAUCCCUUCUAUCCCAUCACAGUUGAUGUCUUGCACAAAAUCUGUCAUCCACAUGGCCAAGUGCUGCGCAUUGUCAUAUUUAAAAAGAAUGGGGUCCAGGCCAUGGUGGAGUUCGAUAAUCUGGAUGCGGCCACAAGGGCGCGCGAGAAUCUGAAUGGAGCCGACAUCUAUGCCGGAUGCUGCACCCUGAAAAUCGAUUAUGCCAAGCCGGAGAAAUUGAAUGUGUACAAGAACGAGCCCGAUACCAGCUGGGACUAUACGCUGAGCACAGUAGCAACACUGCCGUUACCACAACAUGUUCCACCAACACAUCACCACAACCAACAACAACACCACCAACACCACCACCAACAACUCCUCCAACAACAACAACAUGAACAGCAACAACAAGCACCACCACAACAACAACACCUUCACCACCACCACCACCAUCAACUAGUUGCCCCAGCUCAAUCGCACAAUCUUUGUCAAUUUAAAGAGCCACCGCUAUUGGGACCCGGAGCCGCGUUCCCGCCAUUCGGAGCCCCAGAAUAUCAUCCCACCACGCCGGAGAACUGGAAGGGGGCCGCCAUCCAUCCCACUGGGCUGAUGAAGGAGCCCGCCGGUGUUGUGCCCGGACGCAAUGCUCCCGUGGCCUUCACACCGCAAGGACAGGCUCAGGGCGCCGUCAUGAUGGUCUACGGCCUGGACCACGACACCUCCAACACGGAUAAGCUCUUCAAUUUGGUUUGCCUGUACGGCAACGUGGCACGGAUCAAGUUCUUGAAGACCAAAGAGGGCACAGCCAUGGUGCAAAUGGGCGACGCGGUGGCCGUCGAGCGUUGCGUGCAGCACCUGAACAACAUUCCCGUGGGCACUGGUGGCAAGAUACAGAUCGCAUUCUCCAAGCAGAACUUCCUAUCCGAGGUGAUCAACCCGUUCUUGCUGCCCGAUCACUCGCCCAGCUUCAAGGAGUACACCGGCUCCAAGAACAAUCGUUUCCUAUCGCCGGCCCAGGCCAGCAAGAAUCGCAUUCAACCACCGAGCAAGAUUUUGCACUUUUUCAACACACCGCCCGGCUUGACCGAGGACCAACUGAUUGGCAUCUUCAACAUCAAGGAUGUGCCCGCCACAUCGGUGCGCCUGUUCCCCUUGAAGACGGAGCGCUCGUCGUCGGGACUGAUCGAGUUCUCCAAUAUCUCGCAGGCGGUGCUGGCCAUCAUGAAGUGCAACCAUCUGCCUAUUGAGGGUAAAGGCACCAAGUUCCCAUUCAUCAUGAAGCUGUGCUUUUCCUCAUCCAAGAGCAUGAACGGCGCCUGGAACAAUGCGACCAGCGAGGGCAUGAUCGAGAAGGAGAACGAGGGUGAUACCAAGGUGGACAUCUACAAUUGAGAUUUGAUUACGAUUGUGUAAGCAAAAGCAAACAACAACCGGCUUAACUAGAACACAAUACAGAACAAAACUGGAAGAGAGGGGAAUUGGUCGCAAAACUACAACUACAUGCAAAAGACAACAGCAACAGCAAGUGCAGCAACAAAUGUGCCACCAACUGCAACAACUGCAACAACUGGAGCUUCAACAACCGAUCGAUCCACCCACUUGAUGAUGGCUUACACAUUCGACAUGAAAAGCGGGAAUUUCAAAACCAAUUGAUUGCUAAAUCAACUAAACAAGAAACUAAACCAACAAAAUAUGAAAUAUCAAUAAUGACAAAUGACAAAUGAAAAAUGAAAUGAAAAACACACAAGAAAAACUAAUUACAAUUAAUUCAAUUAGGCGCAAACGCAUGUAACUUUUCUACGAGCCAUUUGCAUAGAUUUACUGAAUUCCACCAUAUAUCAAUUCAGCUAAUUAGUAUGACAGCCUAUGUACGAUAUGGCCUCGUUCAAAAGCCACACACACUUGAUGCACAUUACAUUACAUUGAAUUACAUGCGUUUGCGUGGCAACAACAACAACAACAAAACAAGCUAAAAUAAUACAAAAAAAUUGAAUUGUUAUAAUUGUUAAAAUGAAGCAUUAGGACUUUCUCACACAACAGCAAAGAAGAAAAUGGAAUCACUCCAACCAAUUGUAAACUAUGUAAUGUUUAAUUGAUAAAAAACGACAAACUAAACCAAAAAUAAAUAAUUGUAAUUCAAAACA